CCGCUCCCUGCGUCGUUGUGCGUUCACCUUCCCUCCAAGGCUCCAACUCCAACGGCGCCGACUCCAACCGCCGGCCGAACCGACAACCGCCGCAAUCGGGCCACACCAAAAUCCCCGCCGCAAUCGCCGGCAUGCCGCGGCCCCCGCCGCCGGGCCGCGGGGCCCCGGGCGCCAGGCGGCCGAUGCGGGACUUCUUCACCGCCUGGCUGGCCACCCUCCGCUCGCCGCUCCUCCCGCUGCUCCGCCGCGCGCUCUCCUCCUCCUCCGGCUCCUGGGACGACCCGCUCUCCUCCGCCGCCGCGGCCGUCGAGGCCCACUUCCAGGCGCACUGGUCCGCGCUCGACGCUGCCGCGCGCCAGGACCCGGCGCGGGUCGUCGCCGCGGGGGACUGGCGCUCCCCGCUCGAGCUCCCCUUCCUGUGGCUCGGCGACGUUCACCCCUCCCUCCUCACCUCGCUCCUCCGCACGCUCUCUCCCUCGCCGCGGCUCCUCGCCGCCGCCGACCGCGUCGACCGCCGGAUCCGCGCCACCGUCCCCGCCGUCUCCGACCGCCUCCGCCGGGCCCAGGAGGUCUUCGUCGCCGCAGAGGUGACCGGCGCCGCCGACGUGGAGGCGUUCCUGGAGGAGCUCAAGGGCGUCGCGCUCGAGGCCAACCGCCUCCGUCGGGGCGUUCUUUCGGAGCUCGUCACCGCCGCCGGGGGUUACCAGGCGGCGCUCUACCUCGAGGCGCUAUCGCGCUUUGUGCUAUCCAUGCACGACCACGAGGUGCUCCGCCGCUUUGACCAGUGCCGCCCCUCGCCCGGUAGCUAGUCCCCCUUCUUGCUCCCCAGGCAUCUUUGGGAAGCACGAGAUGGGGUAGCAAGUGCUGGGCAGCGGCCAGCGAGGACCAAACCAAGAAGGCAAAGUAUAAUAUUGUAUGAUACUCUUGCCAACAGUUAGAUACAAUCGAUGGCCAGUUGGGUGUUAGGUGGUGGUGAGCGACUCGAAAACGUUAGCAGUAUUGUCCUAUGGGCAGCUGCGCCCUCGUGGAUCAGACCUGGACUCCAAUUUCCCCCCAAGGAACCCUGUCGCCAGCAGUGACGCUUCUGUAUCAACCCUUGUACGAAUUGACUUGAGACCAAAUCUUUCAGUGGGCAAUGAAAAACGAAAAAGGUGACGGAUGAGCGAUGUUGCACGUUUGUUUGCAAGGACAUGUGUUAACAUCUGCAUGAAAUUGGCUAGCCACCGACCAAUUAACAUUGCAGUACUCUAUUGUACUGUGUGCGUAUUUUCAUGGAGCAGAAGUUUAUUGGCACUGUUAACAGAGAUAACCUUAUCUGAUCUCCGGCGAAAGACAGUGAGUAUAUCAGUGA